AUGACUCCUACAAAUGCUGAGGAUUUGGUAUAUGUGCAUUCUAAUUUUCAACUCUUGUCAAUGUGCCAUGAGGAGUAUGUAAAUGUAGUAACAAAGAUGUGGGAUAUUGUAGGAGACUCUUGGAAUGAGAGUGACAUACAUGGAGGAGCUGGAAUUCUUGAGAAUCCUACCCUUACACUUGAUGAGCCAAAGUUGGAGGGCAUGGUUAUUGGGAAUGCUAGCACUAGUGUUACUACUAGUGCAAGUGAAGUUCAAAGUGAAGCUAUUGAUCUUGACAAUGAGGAUGACGGAGCUGAUUCCGUUGGGUUGUUUAGGCCUAUUAGCCUUUGUAACACCAUCUACAAGGUGGUCACCAAAAUGAUUGUUAAGAGGCUUAGACCGCUGCUGCCUAGUCUUAUUUCCCCUCUUCAAACUGCCUUUGUUCCUGGCAGACUGGGGGUGGAUAAUAUGAUUAUUGCUCAAGAAAUCAUACAUACCAUGAGUCUUAAGAGGGGUAAAGAAGGUUACAUGGCGAUUAAGAUAGACUUGGAAAAAGCCUAUGAUAGACUUGAAUGGCAUUUCAUCCGGGAUAUCCUCCUCCUGUACAAGUUUCCUCAUCAGCUUGUUAAACUUAUCAUGAGUUGUGUCUCCUCAUCUUCCAUCUCUGUGCUUUUUAAUGGUGGGAAAUUAGACCCUUUCUUGCCCUCCCGUGGAAUUAGGCAAGGAGACCCUAUGUCUCCUUACCUAUUUAUUUUGUGUAUGGAGAUGUUGGGUUAUCUUAUUUUGGAAAAAUGUGAGGCAAAGCUUUGGGAUCUUGUGAAAGCCUCAAGGAAUGGCCCUGCUUUCUCUCAUCUAUCCUUCGCAGAUGAUUUGGUUUUAUUUGCCAAAGUUGACUUGAAGAACUGUUGCCAUGUUAGAGAAGCACUUGACACCUUUUGUGAUCUGUCUAGACAGAAAGUUAGCCUUCACAAGUCUAAGGUCUACUUCUUCCCCAAUGUUAGCCAAAGUACUAGGGCAGAUUUGAGUGAAGUCUUGGGUUUUAGCUCAACACCUAAUUUGGUUGUGUCCUGCCGGCUAGGGUACUUAACCACCUUGAUAGAACUAAUAGAGACUUCUUAUGGGGGAGCUAGUGAAUCGGGGAAGAAAAUGCACAUGGUGAGCUGGUCUAAGAUUGCUAAGCCUAAGGCAAGAGGUGGUUUGGGCAUUCAGGAGACCAAGGGAAGAAACCUUACUCUUGUAGCAAAACUCUACUGGAGAAUGACUAGAAGUAGAGGUGCGGGCUGGGCUGAGGUUCUUCAUAAGAAAUAUCAGUGCCAAAGGCAACGUACAUUGAGAUCUUUAGUUGAAGGGCCUCUGGGAAGAGGAGAGGACAAAUUGAUGGUUAAGGAUGCUAUCACUAAUGGUAGUUGGGAUUUGCAGAUGUUAUCCGUUCCGCUAAGUCCAAAUAUACAAAAUGCUAUUAAGGCGACCACGCUUAGAAGAGUCUCGGUGAGGGAGGACCAGUUGAGUUGGAUUUCGAGCAUUAAUGGUGAAUUUGAUUCAAGAAAUGCUUACCUGUUGGCUGUUGGAGAAGACCUGAGUGCCAAUGAUUUUCAUGGUAAGUGGGUAUGGAAGAUCAAGACUCUGCCUAAAAUCCAAGUCUUUCUUUGGAAAUGCCUUCAUAAUAGCCUACCUGUCAAGAGUAUCUUGACCCAUAAAGGCAUUGAGGGGUCAGGGGGAUGUGCCUUUUGCACAGACAAUGAAGAAAACAUACUACAUGUGCUUAGGGAGUGCCCAAUUGCACAGGAGUUCUAG